ACCAAGCCUAAAAUCGCCCCUUGAACUGUGCGGACGUCAACUGAAGGUUAUCAUGAUGUAAACAAAUUUUCGCGCCAACUGGGUAAAGUUCGGACAAAUCGUUGUUCCGUGUUAUAUUAUUGUUCAGACUUGAUAUCAGUGUUCCGUGUUAUAUUAUUGUUCAGACUUGAUAUCAGUGGUGUUCAAUAAGUCUACCUUCGCCAUAAGAAUAAAUGUUGAUAUUAUGAUGAUUCUUCUGUGAUGCCCCCACUUAUGUAGUAGUCUAACAGAGAAUAGCCAUCAUGCCUAACAAGGCUGAGAAUCAGGAAAUAUCUUCCCAGCAGAAGGUAGAGAAAGGGAGCAUUCUGAAUUAUUUUACAAAAAAGGUUGUGACAGCAUCACAGUCAAAAUUAAAGGUGGCCAAUGCUGCAUUAAACAAUUGUAAUGAUUCAGAUGUUUACAAGGUGGAAAAGAAAACUGUCAAAAACACUGAAAGAAAAAAUGAGAAAAAUACAGAUGAUAUUUCAGAUAAAGUAAAAGAAAAGCAAAUAAGAGAUGGAAGUCAAGGCACAGUUGACAUCAAAAACACAAAUAAAAGUAUACAUCUUGGAGUAGGGUGCCAUGGAACAGGGAGUGCUGUUACAGAAACAGUGUCAUCAGAUGAUGAAGAUUUGGAUUUGAAAUCCAGUAAAAGAUUAGGUAGUAAUGCUGGAAAAUUGGAUACAAGUUUGGAUAAAAGUGUGACAAAACAUAAAAAUAUUUUUUUAUUUAUGAUGGCUAAUAGAGACAAGCAAAAUGAAGUUCUGAAAAAAAUGGCUGAAGAAGAAUUGAUAAACAAUGAAGAAUAUGGGAAUAAAAGUGAAAAGCAAGGCAAACCAUUUCAUGGAAAUUCACAAGUAUCCAUAAAAAAAGAUGAGGUAGAUGUGGUGACUGUAGAUCUUCAAUUAACCAAGGGCAGCAAGAAAACACAGUAUAUGAACACUGAAAAUUCUCCAUUAAAAAUAAAAAAAUCUCCCAGGAAAAGAUCUAAAUCACAUAAAAAUAAUGAAGUGCUUAGUGCAAAAGGCUCAAAAACUAACAGGAGUGAAACUAUAAUCCUCGAUGAUGAUGGCGAUUUUAUCGGCAGUGAACAAAGUCAGAACAAGUCAAAAUUUGUCAGUGGUUGCAAAGAUUCUAUCAAUUCUGAACAAAACUUUAGUAAGUUUAGCAAGAAUGAAGAUUCUGGAACUAGAAAAGAUGUUAUUGAAGUUGACAGAUCCACCAGUGAUGUCUCCACUGAUGAAGAUUGCAUCAAACCGGUAGGUCCACAGACUUUACAAAAUAGAGCAGCCACAAAUUUAGCAAAGAUACAGAUAACACCGCCUGCAAUAAUUGAUAAUGCUUUCACUCUUUUGAUGACAAAUAGACAUAAAAUGAACAAAAACCCUAUGGAGAAAAAAGAUGAAUUGAUGGAUGAGGAUACAUGCACUGUAGAGUUAAGACAUCUCAAGAUACAAAAGAGAAAAGCUGGGAAAUAUGAUGAAUACCUGCCUGAUCAGAGAGGAAGAAAAAGAAAGAAGAGCUUUAGUUGUGAUCUUGAUUCAUCCCUCAAUGAUUUUGAAGAAACUUCCAAGAAAAAGAAGCGAUCAAAAGGAAGAAGUGGGAUAAGAAAGAGUGAAGGCAGUAGUACUGAGGAUGAGGAUCAAACUUCCCAAAAUGAAAUUUUGUCCAAGAGUAACAGUGUGAUUGAUAUAAGCUGUGAUGAAAUUGAAGUUAGCAAGGAAGUAGUUGAGGAUCAAACUUCCCAAGGUGAAAUUUUGUCUCAGACUAACAGUGUGAUUGGUAUAAGCUGUGAUGAAAUUGAAGUUAAUAGCAAGGAAGUAGUUGAGGAUCAAGAAGGGGGCAUGGCUGUUUCUUAUGUUGUAAACAUCAUCAAAUGCAAGGAACCAAAAAACCUUAGUGAUCAUCGGUCUGAUAAAAGUAGGUCUCGCAUUUUGAAUGUAAAGAAUGGCUUAGUGGGAAAAGGGAAAGAAAUUAAAUUGAAAGGAGAGUGCAAUAGUUGUUCAGUCAUGGAUGAAGAUGGAGAGAGAGAUUACACAUCCUCAGAUAAACUUGUAUCAUCUGGAAACCCGGUAGAGGUUUCUGGAAAACGGUGGAAAAAACACAGUGUUAAAGUAGGUAGCUUUUCUAAAUCUACUAUGUCUGAUAGUGAUACACAGAACAAGAAAGAGGAGGAAACUGAAUGUAAUAAUGCAAGUACAUCUCAAAUUAGUAAUGAAGAAGACAAGCUUAGAAACAAAGUUAUUGGUGGUCCCCACAAAACAAUUGAAAGUAGCAGCUCAAGUAAAAAAAGUUUAGUCUCAGUGUUGAGAGAGGUGAGGUAUUCGAGAAGAACCAGUGAUAGCAAGUACACAGCCACAUUAGAAGAAGGCAAAGCUGAUAAAUCUGAUGGAGAAAAAAUAUUUUUGUAUGGUAAAGUGCAAGAUAAAGUUAAUGAGCCACCCACUGAAAAGGAAUUCUCUGUUGCUUUGACCAGCCCUCCAAAAAAGAGAAGAAAGAAAGGUAAGAAUAUGGAAUUGGAUGGUGAAGAUGAUAACAACAGGAAUGACUGUAAUGAUAAAUGCCCUGUAAAAACAGAAAGUAAAGGUGAUGACUGUAGUGCAGAAUGCAGCAAGGAUGAAAAAUUAAAUGAAGACAAUUUACCAGUCACAAAAAAAGGUAAUAUAGCCACUUUCUUCAAAAAGAUGAGUAAGGAAGAAAAAGCUGUUGAAAGGAGUAAAUCUGUCAUAACCAUUAAAGCAGAUGUUCAUGCACCAUGUGAAGGUUAUUCUCCAAAUAAGUCCAGGACAAGUUUCCGAGCUGGAAAAUGUGGUGGUAUCCCACAGGACAAAGAAAAAACACGGGUCAGGCGUUCGUCUCGAAGGUUAAAAAGCGAAUUAGAGGAUUUUAAUAAGAUUGAGCUGCUUGAGCAAAUUCAGGUAAAUUCCCCCAAAAAGAAUCUUGGCAUUGAAAAUGUCAGGAAAGACACUAAAGGUAAAGGGGUGAAGAAAGCUAGUAUAAAUGCUGAAAUUUGUACUAUAAAGGACAAUAAGCCAAGCCAGGUUCAUGUUAAUGACAGUGCCCCAGAAAAUUUUGAGAUGCCUGUAACUGACACUUCAAAGAGAGAAAACACAAAUGAUGGGACUGUAAAUAAGCCAAGAAAAACUUGCAAGAAAUCUGAAGAAUCAUCUCAGGACUUAGAACAUACAAAAAGGGGUGGGAAGGAAGAAGUAGAUGAUAUUUGGCAGGAUGUGACCGUAGGGAAAAUUUCUGUCAAAGGAAUCACUACAGUGAAGGGUAAGAGCAAGAAAAUGUUGAAGAAAAAGCAAGGAGGGAAAAAUGGGCAACCCAAGUUAAUGGUGAAUAAAAUAAAGGAAGCAAGAUCAGAACGAAAGGUGAAAAGUAACAUACCUUCAGGGAAGAAGAAAAUAAGCCAGAAAAAACAAGUUUUAAAUAAUUUGUCAAAAGAUAAAGAUGGAAAAGUAUCUGGUAAGAGUGAUAAACUUGGUGAAUAUCAGGACUUGAGUAAUGAACUUGAAAAUGUUGGGAAAAAUAAACCUCCUCUGAAUAUGAAUAAUUCAGUUGAGAUUGUUGCUGAUGAAACUUCGUCUUCCAGUGAUGUGAUUUGUGACAAAGAAAUGAAAGGAAAAUUUUUUCUAAAAAGGGUGAAAGAAACAGCUGAAGAUGUGAAUGAUGAUAAGGAGAAUGUGGAGCAGACCAGUCAGCAGACAGCUAAAAAAUGCAGGAAUGUGGAAUCAAUGACUUUGCUGAAAGAAGGAAGCUUAUUUCAAUCCUUUGAUGAGUGGAGUAUUUACUUGGAGAAACUGAAAGAUGAUGGUCUGUGCAGUAGUAUUAGGAUCCGGGAUUCAAGAUCAAUUGAUGCCUUUGCAAAGUUAUCCAGCAGAAUGAUCAAACCAUCCUUGAAGUAUGCCUAUGUAGUAUAUGAAUGUGGCUACAUUUCUUCUGAAAAAACCAAGAAAAAAUCCCAAAUUAAAUGCCCGUGGAAGCUGAAAAUUAUGCCGUCCACUGAUGGAGAAUCCCUUGUCAUUAAGGAAGUUUGUCUGGAUCAUAAUCAUUUACUGGAAAAAAAAAAUAAGAAAGACUACCCAAUGGAGACACAUAGUGAUUCUUCAGUAGACAAUGAACUAGUCCAUGUUGAUACAUCAGAUCUCUCCAUAUCAAAAAGUAAACCAAGCCAACUAAAAGCAUCUAUAGGUUCCAAGAAGAAAAGGCAGUUAGUUGUCUGUAAAGUAGUAACUAAGAGGAAAAUGCUGAGUUCUCAAGAAAAUAUGAAAAAUCAAAUUCAAACUCAAACAAAAGCUUCAAAAACAGUUGGGAAAAGGAAGAAGAGUCCUAAAAGUAGAAAUAAAAGAUUGAUUGCAGAGAUUACAUCAUUGCAAGAUGAUGUUAUUAAGAAGAUGGCUAAAACUAACAUAAAUGUAUCCAUAGCUGUUGGUGAAGAAGAUGUGAAUAUCGUCAAUGAGGAUUCUUCUUAUGAUAAAGCAAGAAAGACCCCAUCCAAAAAGUCUAAGAUUUACCCAUUAGUUUUGAAACCACCACCUAAAGAAGUAGAGCCUGUUAAAGUAAAAGAUAAAAAAAAGUAUAUGAAAAAAAGUUUGGAAACCACGAGGCAAAAAGAAAAGACAGACAAAAAUCCCAAUGUUAAUGAAGAUCGUAGAUCUGUUACUUCAAGGCCAUCACGACAAGCAGCCAUUAAAGUGAAGAGGAUGUUUCAAGACAUGAGCAGCAGUGAAGAUUCAGAUAUAAGUGAAAUUGAGACAGUUACCAGGAGCAGUUUGAAAGUCACUUGUUCCAAGACAUGUAAAACCAAAGAUGUGAAGCUUGGAAAUACUAAACAAGAUGAUUCGACCAGGAAAGCGGAAAAGCUAGCACCAAUUUUUUGCAGAAGACCAAAAUCACCAGAAAUAGAAGUUUUGAAAACAGCAUUCUCACCAUCAAAGCUGAAGGCUCGACAAGAAUUUUUGCAGUCAGGUGUCCCUGAACAGAUUAAAAAGCAGCAAUUACUAGAAAAAAGCCAGGAAGAACAACUUAUAUUAUCAGCACCCUUUCCUGAAUUCAAUCACAUACAACAACGAGAUGAUAGUGAUCCAAUUUGGAAUCUUCACUCCCCCAUGACAUUGUCUUUAAAGGAGGAGGCUGAAAAUGAUCUCCCAAAAUACAGAUGCACUUCAAUUUACCAAGAGAAUAUAUUCAACAAAACAAAACCACUUGAAUCCAGUUCAUCAUUAGCUGAAAGUACCUCACAUGAUGUGACUUCUGUUGUUGUUAUUCUGAAUGCCUUAAAAAAAAAUAAUCCAAGAUUCCCUGUUUUCUCACUUUUUAAUUAUCACCUUGAUCAGAAGAAAGAAGCUGUGGAGUCAUAUAAAAGAGAAUUGGGUAGAGAUGAUAAUAUCUCUCUUGUUGAUUUAGAGGAGGAAGAAACAAAAUCAGACAAGAGAAAGAGGAGAAGCAAAGAUGGACUUUCAAGGAGGGGUAGAAAGAAAAAAGGUAGUGGUAAAACAACUAGAAGGUCAGAGGAGAUGCAAGAGAUUGAGGAAAUGCCACCACUCCCGGUUUGGCAGGAAAGAAUACCUAAUGUUUGGACUCAAGUUUAUGCUCCAAAGAAGGCUAAAGGAACUGGGAAAAGUAAAUCAGAAGCUUUUGCUGUUAAAGAAAGAAAUAAGAAUGCAAGGUUAUCGAAGAAAGGUGAUGGUGAUUUUACAUGGUCAGAGGAAUCGAGUUCUGACGAGGAAGACUUUGUCAGCACUUACUUGCUCUGUGGACCACCUGGUGUUUGGGAGACUGCAGUUGUUUAUGCUCUUGCUGCUGAAUUAGGCUACAAUGUGUUGGAGGUAAAUGCAUCUUCAAAGCGACCGGGAAAACAUGUUAUGAGUCAGUUAGCAGAAGCAACUCAGUCACACUCUGUUUCCAAUUCAUCAAAUCAGCCUACUAAUGCAUUAGCAGCUAUGUUUGCGGCAAAGAGUGGUACACAGUCAAAGAAGGUAAAAAACAAAGCUUUUGCAAGUAAGGAAAAAGUAUCACAUGGAUGUAACAGAGAUGUGGAGAAAAAGAAAGGAUUAUCAGUGGUCUUAUUUGAGGAUAUAGAUAUUGUCUUUGAAGAGUCAGAUGAAGGUUUUCUCUCCACUGUGAAUAACUUUAUGAUAACUACAAAAAGACCGAUUAUCCUUACUUUAAGUUACCCAUCUCACAGUGCACUGAGUAAAAUUAAAAGCAGUUAUGAGAGGCUCGACUUUGAACCCCCGCCAGAAGACCUUAUAGCUCAGCACAUACAGCUGAUAUGUUUAGUGAAUGGCCAACAUAUUUGUUUAGAUGAUAUUGAAAAUCUUGUCUCCGUAAACAAAUGUGAUAUAAGACAGUCUCUUCUGGACGUACAAGUAUGGAGUAAUUUUGGUUCCUCUUCAGAGAAAUGCAGUUGUCUCUCAAACACAGAAAGUACAGAAGAUGUUAAUUUGGAAGCAGUUUCGUUAUCUGACAUUUUUUCAGAAAAAAUUGACACCAAAUCAAAAAAUGUAGAAACAUACCCUAAAAAAUUAUGGGGUAAAGUACAUUCUAGGUAUAUUGCAGAUUUGGAAAAACAUAAGCAUGAAACUGAUAUAUCAGUGAAAUUAGGGAUCAUAACCAGAGAUUCACAGUCAAUAACCUGGACUCAGACUGCAAAAAGUUUGCCAUUUUUCUUACCAUAUACCUUAAAAGAAAAUAGAAUAACAAAAAAAUACCCACUCCAGGCUGAUGAUCCCUUUUUAAGAACAACGUACCUUUGGCAAAAAUAUAACUGGUUAAGUAUUGAUGAAGAUGAGGACGAGUUAUCAACGCCACUUGUUGUGGAAAAGGAAGGCAAUAAGGAUCAAGAAGAAAAUAUUCAGGUACCUCAGUAUGUACUAGACUCCUCUGGAAAAUGUGUAGCAUCAAUUGCCAGGUUUUAUAAUACCAUAAGUGAGCUUGAUGUAUUGGAGUCUCACUAUCAUUUAGCACAACCUGGUAAAGAUAACAGUGGUGACUGGUGGAAGAGGCAACCCAUACCAGGUUUAAGUGACUUAGAAAGACAUUAUAAACACUGGGGACCAUAUACACUUACUCCUUAUGUUGUUGAAGAGAUUGGACAUCGGGCUUUCCAGCAGUGUUAUUAUGAGUCUAAAAAAUACCUUGAAGAUAUGCCAAUAACAGAUUGGAACCAAGUAUCUCUUCCUGUUCAAGAAAAAGAAAAACCAGCACUUCUAGAAUCACAGCAAAAUGCAUAUGAAAGGAGCUUAAAAGAACAUGAAAAAAUUGAUGAGAGAUUGAGUAACCAUAUACCACUUGUGCAUCAGCUUAGUCGGAAAGGUUUCAUGGAUUACCUUUGCUUUAUGAGGUCUGUCAUUCGCCACGAUGAACUUAGUGCUGCGCUUUGUAAGUCAAGAAGGGGAAGAAGAUAUUUAAGUCAGACCUCCCAUUAUGGUAUUGAUUUAUCUGGAGGAGACAAGAUUAAAUUAGCAAAUUCUUUAUGUCCAUAGUUGUACAUAUAAGGUAAAUAUGUAUGAACUUAUCGUUCAUACACAUUUCUUUCAGUUAGCUUUAGAAAUGCUGGUAACUAGGAUUCUUUUGUAAAUGAAAUUAGAAUCCUAACUGUUGGCACUACGUAUUAGUCUUUUUCGAUUUUCCAUUUAAGUUUUUCUGUCUUUUAUCUUAAAUGCUGUGUUGUUCAUAAAGAAUUUCUUUUAUUGAUUGUUAUUUUAGAAACCAAAGAUACAAUAUUAAAAUUGUUAUUAAAGUUUUAUUCCAGGUAAAUUGAACUGACAUUUAUCUGUAACUUUUAAACUAA